AUGCAAUCAAACGCUCAAAAUGAGUGCAAAGGAAGUGAUGAACAAACUAUUGAUAACACCAUUAAUGACACGACAGGUAACACCACUUCAGAUGACACACAACGCGUGAUGUCCAAAAAUCAGAUGAAGAAACUGUUGCGACACAAGAAAUGGUUGGAAACGAGACCUGAGAGGAGACGACAGGAAAAGGAGAGGAAGAAAUUGAAGGCAAAGAAGUUGAGGGAAGAGGGCAUCGAAAUGAAGAGCAGAAGCGCUCUUCGCAAGCAAUGGAUCCCAAUGUCUGAAUCCAAAUGCAAAGUCUCUGUUUUGUUUGAAAUCAUGUUAUUGGCGUCCAAUGGAUCGUCCAGUGAUUGGAGUGAUAUCUUUAAGAAAGUGAUUCCCAUCAGGAAAAUGAAACAAUGAUUCAUUGCAUUAAUGAAGAGUUUUGUUAAUUUUUAUUAGAAAUAAAUUCAUUUCAUUUGUUAACAAAACUAUU